AAAUUGGCUCACCUCUUCCUGUAACCACUAACAGCUCAAGAGGAGCACAGUCACUAUCCAGAGAGAUACUGCCUCCUCAGCUGCUAACCCUUAAAUGAGGGUGAGGAGGGGUGCACUGCUUGCAUCUGAGCUACCUGAGUUAUCCAUGCCUUCUCAUCUGAUGCUCGACCAUUGAUUCAGGCUGUGGCCUGGCAAUUCUACUGCAACAAGCAACCCUUGAACAUCUUCAGAUGUCUGUAGAUGGCCAAUGACGCAGAUAGAAGAACUGGGAUGUACCAAGGAAAGAAAGUAUAAAAACUAUGUACACGCAUGUAUAAGCAAACACAAUCUCACGAACUUUCGAUCGCAUUGCUGUGUGGCACACAUACAGAUUUUUCAAGCCAUAUUUAAACAGUAAGGAGUGGCAUAUUUAAACAGUCACAGGUUACUCUUGAAUACAUUUAUUAAAACUUAUUCUUUGAUUGCUUAUUACUACAUCAGUGUUUAUAGGUUGUUGCAGCUCUGUUUACUGUAUUAUCAUCUCAGUGCUGUGAUACUUGGAAAUAGGACACCUGACACUUACUCUCUUGUUUCAUGAAGGAGCUGCAAGAACUUUUGAAGCUGGACCUGACAAUGUGCAGUCUGAGAUGCUGCAGCUUAGAUGCAUUUUUUCUUUUGGUGCUGUGUAGGUCUGUGCAGGUUUCUGAAGCUGAAGGAAAAGGUGAAAUUCUUCCCCCAACCAUACAAAAUAUAAUAAAAGGAUACAACAAAUAUCUACGUCCAUUUUUUGACAAUGGUCCUGUGUCUGUCGGAAUGAGUCUGGAUAUUGCAAGCAUUGAUACCAUAUCAGAAAUAAAUAUGGAUUACACAGCAACCAUAUUUCUGAGGCAGCGGUGGACUGAUGAGAGGCUUUGUUUUGAUGGCAAUAAGAGUUUAAGUUUAGAUGGUCGGCUUGUGGAAAUGCUCUGGGUCCCAGAUACUUUCAUAGUUGAUUCAAAGAAGUCUUUUCUUCAUGAUAUCACUGUUGAGAAUCGUCUGAUAAGAAUAUACCCUAAUGGAACAGUCUUGUAUGCUAUAAGGAUUACCACAACUGUUGCAUGCAGCAUGGACCUGACCAAAUACCCAAUGGAUAAGCAGACGUGUACCUUGCAACUGGAAAGCUGGGGUUACAAUAUCAACGAUGUCAUGUUUUACUGGACUAGAGGAAAUGAUUCUGUUCGUGGUUUGGACACACUCCAGCUGGCACAAUAUACAGUGGAAGACCACUUUACUUCAGUAUCUGAAGCAGUAUAUGAAACAGGACGCUACCCCAAGUUAGUGUUUCACUUUGAGCUCAAAAGAAACAUCUUGUAUUUCAUACUAGAGACAUACGUACCAUCAAUUCUCCUGGUUGUGCUCUCCUGGGUAUCAUUUUGGAUAAGCCAGUCAUCCGUUCCAGCCAGAAUCUGCAUAGGUGUUACCACAGUCCUCACUAUGACAACGCUGAUGAUGGGAGCCAGGACUUCACUCCCAAAUGCUAACUGCUUUAUUAAGGCAAUUGAUGUGUACCUUGGCAUCUGCUUCAGUUUCAUCUUUGGAGCAUUGUUAGAGUAUGCUGUGGCUCAUUUCUGCACCCUGCAUCGACCCAGUUCAAAGGAAAUUCCAAAGGGUAGCAUCAGUAACAAUUCCCUCUGAGCUUAUCCAUCUUGUGAAGUAAGUGGCUGUCAUUUGCUCAUUGAGUGGAAGAAAAAAGAAAGCUUAUUGGAGGUUUGAAUAAGAAAGCCAAGUGUUUCAGUGCUGCUGGGAUGAUUAAGCAUCUUUGGAUCUGUGAAGGGCAUUAAUGACUUCCCUUGCCUUCAUCUACCUGAGUCAGCAUCUCUUGUGGGACACAGGUGCCAGUGCUUACAAGUGAAGCAGGCAUGAGAACUCACAGAUUUGAAAUGUGCAUGGAAUUAGGUGGAGGUACAGCCCUCAAGCGAGCAAGGAAGAAAGACUUAAGGUGCAAUUCCGAGAUGGACUUAAUGACCAAAGGGGAUACUGUGUCACUUUAGGCAUGUUUCCUACUUUCUAUUCAUCAGGAGUGAGCAAAUGCAACUCACUUCUUGCCCACAGAAACACAAGCCACAUAGGGAAGAGGUAGCU